AUGCGCAUCGCCGCCGUGAAGCUCGCGGCUUCACUCAACUUCAGCGAAGGGGACUUUGUCGAUUUCAAGAAGCCCACAGCAUUGAAGGGACGUGGGGUUCUCAAACUCGACCGCGCCGCCUUGAAGAUCAACCAUGUCGGUCACGCUUCGGGCACGGUCCCCCACGACAUGAACGCCUCCCCCUCUGCGAAUGGCCCCACCCUCACGGACGCUAGCGGGAUCUAUUCCAUUGACGAAACUACUGGUUUCAACAAAGUGAUCUACAUCCUCUCCCUGGUACUCCAAUCCCCGUCAUUCUCCAAGGGCGCCACAAAAGCCCGCAAGAAGUCAGCCAACCAAGAUACCAUGACUGCCUCCAAGUAG